AUGAGUAUGUUUGGAGAUAUAAAGGUGAAGACGUGGUCACCCGUGAUUUCUUGCAAAAUUCCAGAUAAUAUCGUUUCUUCCCAAUUCGCAUCGUCUAAAAUAUUUACUCCGUCUUACGAAAAAGAAAAACGUCCUUGUAUAGAACAAUUAUUAACGAAUGAAUAUCAACGAAUCUGGUGGCAAGAAAAGGAAAUAUGGGACAAAAGGUGCAGAACAAAGAUAACAACUAAACAAUUAUUGCAACGCAUGGUAAUUCGUAGAAAAUCGAAAGUAGUUCCUCCUAUCGAUAAACCCAAAAUGAUUAAAAAACCAAAGAAAAAAGGAAAAGUCAAAGAAUCAAAGGACGAUAAGAAGGAAGAAGGAAAGUCUUCUACGCAGGAAACAGAAACAGAUAAAACGAAGGAAAGUAGUGACAAAAAAUCACCAAAAUAA